AUGGACCCCCCUGGGCGCACCCCUGGCCGCGGGGUCACGACUAAGGGGCUGCUGCUCCGGGCGGCCGCGGCCGCGACGGGACUUAAGGAAGACCUGGGGGCCGCGGCCGCCCGGCCUUGGAGGGGCCUGUUCCCGAUCCCCAAGCCUGGAGAAGAGGAGGCGGCGGCGGCUGCUGGACACGAGUUCCUACUGCCAAAUGAAAGAAGCUUUCAUAAUGCUGCUAAAAGCAAUAAUUUGGAUCUUAUGGAGAAGCUGUUUGAAAAGAAGGUUAACAUUAAUGCCGUGAACAAUAUGAACCGCACAGCUCUGCAUUUUGCAGUAGGAGGAAAUCAUUUAUCUGCAGUGAAUUUCUUGCUUGAUCACAAGGCCAGGGUGGAUGUUGCUGACAAGCACGGCUUGACAGCAAUUCACCUUGCAGCCUGGUCUGGAAGCCUCGAGAUCAUGCUCAUGCUGGUUAGAGCUGGAGCUGACCAGAGAGCCAAGAAUCAGGAUGGAAUGAAUGCCCUCCACUUUGCAGCUCAGAGCAAUAGUGUGCGCAUUGUGGAGUAUCUCAUUCAAGAUCUGCACCUGAAGGACCUGAACCAGCCUGAUGAGAAAGGAAGAAAACCGUUUCAUUUGGCAGCUGAGAGGGGCCACGUUGAAAUGAUAGAAAAACUUAUCUUUUUUAAUCUUCACACUUCAGAAAAAGACAAGGAGGGAAACACUGCCCUGCACCUUGCUGCAAAGCAUGGUCACAGUCCUGCAGUGCAGUUGCUGCUAACUCAGUGUCAAGAAAUAAAUGAGACCAAUGAGCUCAAUGUCAGUGGUUUGGAGAUAGCAACCCAGAAUGGUCAUGCGUCCCUCGUCAACUUUCUUCUCAAUGAGAACGUUGCUCUGCACCAGAAAGUGGAACCUAAGGAGUCCCCUCUUCAUUUAGCUGUUAUCAACAACCAUAUCACAGUUGUAAAAAGCUUACUAAGUGCACAGCAUGACACUGACAUCUUAAAUCAGAGGCAUCAAACUCCUCUGCAUGUAGCUGCCGACCUUGGAAAUGUGGAGGUGGUGGAAGCCCUUCUGAAGGCCGGCUGUGACUUGAAGGUUGUCGAUAAGCAAGGAAAGACAGCGCUGGCUGUGGCCUCCAGGAGCAACCACAGCCUUGUUGUGGACAUGCUCAUUAAAGCAGAGAGAUACUAUGCCUGGCGAGAGGAGCAUCAUGAGAGUGCCAGGGACCCACCAGCAGGCUCUACUCUGACAUUCAAGCAAGAUCACAGUCUGGAGACCAGGCAUGUUCGCACGCUCCUCUGGAACCUGGCUUACCAUCAGCUGAAGGCCAGUGAGUGGCAGAGACUGGCCCGUUUGUGGAACUUUACAGAUGACCAGAUCAGAGCCAUUGAGGAGCAGUGGUCAGGAAAUGAAAGCUUCCGUGAACAUGGCCACCGGGCUCUGCUCAUCUGGCUGCACGGGGCCCUGAUGACACAGGCUGAUCCGGCCAAGCACCUGUAUGAAGAGCUGGUACGCGCAGGUUUCCCAGAAUUGGCUGAAAAAAAUUGUCAAUUCAAAAGCAAAACCGACUCAAGCUCUAAGAAAUGUGAAGUUUCAUAA